UUUAAUUGCUCUUCGACUUGGACAAAUCCGCUUUCAUAUGAUUUCACAUUUAAAUCUUCAAUAUGGCGGUCAUGAACGGGUUGUUUUGGAUGUGCGCAUUCACUUUAAUUGUAGCAGCCGUUGCAAAGUCCGAUAAACCGCUGGUCAACGUAAGACUAUUGUGCAGAUCAACCAUUGAAGUAAUGUGUAAUAUGAGCGAUGGGAGCUAUGGAAUUUGGACAUUUUACAGGAUCCGAGGUAGUUCAGAGAAUAAGCAAAAUAUCGGAAAAAUUGUUUCAAGUGAACGAGAAUGUAGUUUAACUACCCUUCAAACUGCUGAUACUCAGUGUUCGUGCAACGAAGACCAUAGUGUCAUAUGCAAAAUAUCCGCUUACAUGAUUAUGAAGUCUGGUGACCAAUGGCAGUGUAGUAAAUUCAUUAACAGAGAUUCACAUUUUAGCGUAACAGUAACAGUUCCCAUUCAAGAAACCAUUGAGUGUACAACGACCUCAUCUCUUCAGCACAUUACGAAGGACGAAACAACACUUACGAAAACUACAAGUUUAACCGUUCUUUCGGAAACAGUUUCACAAGUUGUAUAUGUGAAAACUAACGCGGAAAGUCAAGAAAACAAUACCACAACGGAAAGCGCCAAUAUCACCACGGCACGCAAUACAAACAAUACGGCGGAACUUAAUCGUGAGGAAAGUGAUAAGAAACGUGAAAUGACAAGGUUGGCACUUUUGAUUGCUGGGCCGUUUGUUGUGUUCGACAUCGGACUCGUUUUGUUCAUUUAUCGAAAGAAAUUGCUCUCCGGCUUGAAACGGGAUAAUUGUCAAGUUGAUGACCGUCAAGUGAACACCAACGACAACCCUACCGCAGGUGGAAAUGUAAACAUACCUGCCGACAUGAAUAAUUCCGGCAGCUCGAAUGCUCAUUCUGCCUUAAAGGAAGCUGUUGCCAUACUUUGUAUCGAUGGUCGAAAUCCAACACAACAAUGUGGUAUCAACGAUUUACAACCAGAUAUUGCAGAACUUAAUGAUGACGACUUAUUGUACAGCACUAUAAAAGACACCGCUGUAGUCUGUCAAGGUGCUGAAGCAAUGAUGAAAAGCGGUCCUGAUAAUGUAAACAAAGACAUCAGCAUAUACAUCCCUCUUGAUGAUGACCCAUUGUACAGUAGCGUCAAACAACGUCCACCCAAUUGUACAGAUAGAGGCGCUUGUGGAUUUUCAGCAGAUGGGUUUGUCAAAUCCGAGAAGAAAAUAUCCGGCGAUCUACAGUACAGAUGCUAUGGCGAGUUCGAGGACAAAACAGUCCUCUCAGUUUUAAACCAUGAUGCUGAACUUUAUUCGCUAGCAAAAAAUGUAGAUCCCAUGUACUCAACGGUGAACAAGAAAACGCAAAAUCGUUUAAAUGUCACCUUGGUCAAUGCCUUGGAUGUCAACAGAGCAGACCCCCUAUAUUCAGUUGUGGACAAGAGGGAUAAAAUAGGUAGCGAGGCAGUUGAUUGGGAUAGAACAGUCCCGUCCCCUCCAGACUUUCCCUCCUUAGUGGUUCCUCCUUAUAGCAAGAUAAACAAGAAAAACAAGAAAGCUGCUGAUAAGGCGACUGAAAACAGAUCGUGAGAUAGAAGCCGUAUGUUCAGAAGAAAAUGUCAAAUAUAUAGAUGAGUAGUUUUGAUUGUUUGUAAACACACUUAAUUUAAAUGCAACAUAUACAUUAUUGUAGAAGACAAUUGUGACAUUGUGUGUACAUGUAUAUGGUUUGUAAAUAUUGAUUAGAAUGUGUGUACACUUAAUCAUGUAUUGCUUAAAUAUUGCUUGUAAAUACCGUCUCGUUGGAGGAAAAGUCGCAUGACGCUGGUUUCAGAAACGUGUUUGAAGCAUUUAUGUCUCGUACGCUAUGGACAAAAGAACCAAUACAUUUCAAAUGCAUUUGUAUCCCAUCAGCGAUGCCAAACGUUUCGUUUCGAAACCGAUUUGCUAAUAAAACACGUAUGCGUGUAUCAAUAUGUUAUGCAACAAUCUUUGUAAAAUAUUUACAAUAAUUCAAUUUUAGACAAGCGUGCAUGGAUACAUUUUAAAUUAGUAUUAUAAUGUUUUUCCGAUUGGGUCUCUGGAUUUUUCGUUAAACGUCAUUAUUGAUGUUAAAAGUUUAAAAAUUCCAUUUUUUUGUAAAAACAAUUAUUGUGUGUAUUAUAAAAUGCAAAAUUGGUAAGUGUCUGGACACGUAAUUGGUUUAAAUGAUAAUUUAUAAGAUAAGUUGAAAAAUUGGUUGAACAUGUGUCAGGAAUGAAGUUUGGAGAUUAUAAAAAGGCAUCAUUUUGAAGUUAAGUAUUCGUUUUGUUCAAUUGUACUAACAAGCAGAUCCUUUACUCUCUUAAACUUUUAAUAGUGAAAUUACUACAACCUUAAAAUAUAAAUUCUUCAAACGUUGUUGAAAACAUGUGUGUGUGUGUGUGUGUAUAUAUAUAUAUAUAUAUAUAUAUACAUAUGGCAUAUGUAAAGCAAUGCCAAUAACUAAAGAAACUAAAAAUUAAUUCAGAAUUAAAACAUAAAUGAA